AUGGGACGACCCAAAGAAACACCCAUGAAAUACGUUUUAGUAACAGGUGGAGUGAUCAGCGGAGUUGGCAAAGGCAUUAUAUCGUCAAGCAUCGGUGUACUUCUGAAGAAUAAUGGAUACAAGCUAUCAAAAUCGAUCCCUACCUCAAUAUUGACGCUGGCACAUUCUCACCAUACGAGUGAAGUAUUCGUUCUCGAUGAUGGUGGCGAAGUUGAUCUUGACUUGGGCAAUUAUGAACGUUUUUUAAACGUUCGUUUAACUAGAGACAACAACAUAACCACAGGAAAAAUGUUCCAACAUGUCACAGAGCGUGAGCGUCGAGGUGAUUACUGCGGUAAAACGGUUCAAAUGAUUCCGCAUUUCACUGAUGCAAUCAUCCAAUGGGUUGAAAGAGUGGCCAGAAUACCAGUAGAUGGUACAUUGGAGCGACCAGAUGUUUGCAUUAUAGAGCUUGGAGGAACUAUAGGUGACAUUGAAGGGAUGUCCUACCUCGCGGCAUUCGAGCGUUUCCAGAGACCGGCCUUAAGAGAUCAUCUUAUGAACGUUCACGUGUCUCUUGUGAUGCAUCCCGACGCCACUGGUGAACCGAAAACUAAACCUAUGCAGAAUUCGGUACGACAUCUGCGUGCUGCUGGGCUAGUGCCGGAUCUUCUGAUUUGUCGCUCCAGUGAGCCAUUACAAGAACAUUUACGUGAGAAAAUUGCGGCGUUUGGACUUGUAGAUUUGGAACAGGUCAUUGGGGUUCACGAUGUGUCCAAUAUAUACAAAGUGCCGCUGUUGCUACAAGAACAACACGUGUUGGAUGCGAUUAUUCACCGUCUACAUUUGAAACCAAUCAGCGAGGAGGUGAGACGCGGCUUAAAGUUCAACAUGUGUCACUGGACUCAUCUUAGUGAACUAUGUGACUCAUUCACACAAGAGGUUGUUAUUGCCUUAGUUGGGAAAUACGUGAAGAUAAACGACGCGUAUGCAUCAGUGAACAAAGCGCUCAGUCAUGCUGCAAUUCACAGUAAACGAGCCAUCAAAAUUAAGUUCGUUGACUCUGAACUCCUGGAAGAUGGGAAACCUGCCGAAUUGAAAGGAAAAUGUGACGCAGCGUGGGAAACUGUCAGAAAGGCUGACGGUAUCAUUGUUCCUGGUGGUUUUGAUACACGCGGCGUUGAAGGAAUGAUAAAAGCCUGCCAGUAUGCUAGAGAAAAUAAUGUCCCGUUCCUGGGUGUGUGUUUGGGUAUGCAGUGUGCGGCGAUUGAAGUGGCCCGCAAUCUUUUGGGCAUAAAAAAUGCAAACUCAACUGAGUUUAACAAAAAUUUACGCGAAGAUGAGCAGAUCAUUAUCGAUAUGCCGGAGCACAAUGUGGAGCAUAAAGGUUUGGGAGGAACAAUGCGUCUAGGACGUCGUACGAGUGUUUUUCUAACGGAGAAUUGUCAACUACGAAAGCUGUACGGACGUAAUGAAAUCGAAGAGCGCCAUCGUCAUCGUUAUGAAGUCAACCCACGUUUUGUGCCUGACCUUAGCAAAAAGGGGCUACUUUUCGUCGGUAUGGGAGUUGAUGAGACAUCAAGUACUACACUCACAGAGCACAGCCGCACGGAGUCGAGUGCUGCUUUGAUGAAAAUGGCUGUGGAUCAUCAGUUCUUUCAGAGUCUUAUAUCAAAGAUAACGGAUCUAUGUCAUCGCGGAGGUGAUGGAGUUACCCGUCCUGCUCUGAGGAUGGAGAUGUGUGAAAUGAAAGAUCAUCCUUACUUUGUUGGAGCUCAGUUCCACCCCGAAUACCUCUCCCAUCCUCUUCAACCGAGCCCGCCUUUUCUGGGACUUCUACUUGCGGCAACCGGACAACUUAAGGUGUCAUUAUUUUUUUCUUAUCUAAUAUGUGUUUUACAUUUAGGCUCAGCGAGAAAUUCCGCUCAUUUCUAA